CCAGUCACAAAUUUUAUCAUUACAAGGGCGGGGGGAAGGCGUGCUAUUCCUAAACUAAAAACUUUCUUUUAUCCUUCUGGUCAUUGUCACCAACUGAAAAAGAAAAAAAAAGGGGUAUAGGGUUCAUAUCAAUCCUUUCCUAUUGUCUUUACUAUUCUUAUUCUUCUAUUGCCUAUUGUUCUCUAUAAUUCACCUCAUUUGACUUUCCCUUUGUUUCAGUUCAGUUGCUAAUUUCUGGCGUCCUGCACAUAAUAUCCGUUAGCGAAUUUUUAUUUUUUUUUUGUUUUUUCGGUUGUAAAACUUGAGGCCUCGUGAUUAACCAAAAGGGGGGCCGGUCAAAAGAAGAAAUUUAGAUUCUAUAUCACCAUUGGAAACGGGCUAGCGAACUGAUAGACAUAUAUAAUGCUGAGCCAGAAACGCGUGGUGUCACCGGCCGGCCAUGGAGCCGCGCCGGCACCGGGACAACCCCUGGGCCACCCUCAAGGCCCUCGGAAGAUAAGCUCACAUGGACCCAUCAAGGACUCUUCUAACCAUCUGAAAGGAGACAAUACACAUUCUGAAAGACCUUUAUCGGCUGGUGGGGCUACUCACAGUGGCCCAGGAGGCCCCGUGGCCACCCUGACUGGACAAGGGUCUAAUGGGCCCUCUUCUUCGACUGGGCCCUCGACUGGGUCUUCAACUGGGCCCACGGCCACGGCUGGAUCCGUACUGGGAGGUUCCACUCCACAAGCUAUACAACACCAUGGAUUGACUCCAAAUAGACGGCCCUCAAUGCUCCGUAAUCCGUCGAGCACCACCGCUGGAGGGGCUGCUGGCACGGCUGCCAGUGCUGCUGCUGUCGCUGCAGUUGCUGGAAGUCAUUCCACAUCGUCGAUCCAUCUGCAUCAGAUGAAGAGAACUGCCAGUGGCGGCAAGCUGGGGGCCAAUCCUGCAACAAGUGGCCACGCUGGUGGACACGUUGGUGGAACUGGUUCCAGUUCUACGGUGCUGCAAGUCGGUGGAAAUGCCAUCUCCACUCCAAAUACACACACCGGGACUUCCUCCUCAACAAGACCAAAUAUUGGCCGGACCCGUAGCAGAUCAUUCACCCUGACCAACAACUCUAGUACAUCCGCCAGCAGUAUUAAGAGACCCCUGGCGAUCCCAUACGUGGCUCAAGAACGUGCUUACUUGCGUAAGAUCCGAAAUGAAUCCGCCGACGAUUACUACACAAAGGGAAUUGCCAGUGAGGAUCCCACGGGUGAGCCUCGUGAUAUGACCUUGAAAGACGACAUCACCGACGUCGAGGACACCGAGAGUGAUUUCGAAGAGGAGGAGGAAGACUUGGACUCCGGAGGUGAGGAUGGAUAUAAAGGGUAUAACGGGUUCAGAGAUUAUGAUUGGACGGGCGAGAAGAAGGCCCAGAAUCAGAAUUUGGCUCAAAGUCUGGCCCAGAGCCUGGUACCUGCUCUGGUGCCUGGUCUGGGACAGACCACCUCGGGGACUGGGGAAGACGAUAACAAUUACUCACUUGACUUUUCCCUUGCAUUAACCAUGAUGAACUCGUCAUCCUCAUCCAUCACCAUAAAUCCAUCGAAACCAUCUUCACAACUUUCUCUUCGCAAUUCCGACGAUCCAGCAGUCAUAGAACGUCUUGAGUGGCAAUCAAUGCUCACCAGUGUCCUCACAGGGGACGUGGUUCGGUCUGAAAAGACCAAGAUCAUCACUAAUAACCCAGACAACGAACACGAGUCAUCGUUCAUCCACGUCACAUACAAGGAGAACUUGUGGUUUGGUAUCCGAGCCAAGCUCUUCAACCGUACAGAAGACGACCAGAGGAAAGUGGUGGCGUACAGAAGAACUCUUGUGGACACCGUGAUCGACGAGAUCAUGCAGUUUGAAGUGAGCUACGAGAAGGAUGCCAAGUUGCCGCGUAGACAAGUGGAGAUCUUGUUGGACAAAUGGGAGAAAUGCUGUGAAUGUUGGAGAACUUGGGAGGAAAUGAAGACCGACAAGGUUGUUUGUAGAAGCGAGGAGUUCCAGGAACGUAUAGAUGCAUUGAAUUCUUGGUUGAGCAUCACGGGAGGUCUUGAAAGAGAGUCUAGAGUUGUUCGCGAAUGGAUAGGUGACGAGGACCCCGUGAUCCCGACCCCGAAUGAACAGCAGACGGGCAUCGAUUGUAAGAACAAUAACAUUGCAGAAAGCCCCUUGGAAGAAAAUGUGCUGCUGACUGAAUCCACGCUCAAUGGAUCAGUUGCGACUUCGGCAACCGCAACUCCUAUAAGCCCAACCAACCCAGAGUUGCGCCAGAAAGGCGAUGGUGACAGGGACCCCGCAUUCCAUGGCACCGGGGCCAGCACGGGUACGGCUGCUCUUGCAGAACGUCUCAUGAAGGAAAAGGACGUCCAAUCGACGUUCUCCAAGCGAAUCUUCUCGCCUAUCACCCCCUGGAUGAGCAAAGCCAAGAAGAACUACAUCCAAAGAGGUUACAUCUUUGAAAAGCUCAAGCUCCCAGACUACAUUCAUGACCUCAUCCAAAUCUGUCUCUUCCCCACGAGACUCAUCAAGGAAAUCAUAUCCAUCCGUCUUCAGUACGCGAUGAAGUUGCAGAACCCAACGUUGAUGAUGAUCGACCAAAUGAUCGACGACUUCAAGCUGUACAUUACGAUCGCACUCCAGGUGAAACGGGUCAUCAUCGAGUACUGCAGACCCGACGACGUUCACAACUGGCUCAUCAGCGAUUUUUUCGAAGAAGAAUUGGCCGAGUUUGACCAUGUGGUGUUACAAUGUGUCCGGUACUUCCUUGUGUUGCUCAACCGGAAGUUGUUGGAUUCGCUGCGAAGCCCCACCAACUUCAGAACGUUCAAGGAGCCAGAGGAAUUGGAAGAAGCCUGGCACUUUUUGAAAUGUCUUGGGAAUUAUAUCGAUGGUGGUAGUGUAGUGGUGGCGGAACACAUUACGUUCCUUGCCCUGAAAUUGAUCCAUAGACUCUUGGCGUAUCUCAAUAACCAAGUGAGACAUCCGCCUCAUUUACCGAGCACCACUGCGGCAGAUCUUAUCCGAUGGUACACGUCCACCACACAGAAUUUUGGCCAAUUGAGAAGAAAAUUGGCAAGAUUUACCGGUGAAAUCUCAAGAGAUUUCACCAAUCUGGUGGUGUUGGAAAUGCCGCUGACCAGAGUGAAACAAUUGUUGGAUGUGUUGCGAAGAACUGGCCACUUCUUGGUAUAUACGGGGACCUUGGAGACCCAGGGGAUCUACUUCAUUGCCAGUCCGGAGAUGGAAGGCAGAGAACAGGAGAUCUUGAAGAUCUUACAAGGAGGGUACGUUGGGUUGGACGGUGAGGCCAAGGACGAAUUUGUAGAGUUUUUGGUCAACUUGGAUGAUGAUGAAGAAGGUUUGGGUGGAUUGUCCAGAAGUGGCAGUCAAAGAGAAAAGGAGUCCAGUGAUGCUUCCUCCAAUGCCAACGUGGGAUCUGGAGGUGCUGCUGGCUACGGAUCUAGACGUGGCACCAUUGCGGAAGCAGACCAGCCGCUUCUCACCCCAUAUGAAGCCGGGUCGUAUGUCUUGGCGAUCUGUCCUCCCAAACCAAUUGUAUGGGAAGGUAACCUUAUAAAUUUGGCGAUGGAUGAUGUCCCAUUGCUGGAGAUUCGCCCUGGUCAACUUCUCUUAAUCUCAAAGCAUCCACAUCACCGCUUGCCACAAGUAAGGGCGCAAUUCUUGGACAUUGUCUCUGACGUGCUCCGCACCCACACUUUCGAACAACGAUGCUCCUUGGCUCGUGUUCAUCAUCAACUCACAAGAAUCUACCGCGUCUUCUUCAAGACUUCGCUUGUGGUUCUAGACUCGGUUCAGAUCGUCCGGGCCAAAUGUACCGAGAUCGCUCCUCUGGGCGAUUUCCAAGAACUCAUCAAUAAUUACUUUAUCUACGCUCGGGACUACGUCAAGAACUCGGUCAAGCUCUUGGACGCCAACCGGAAAUCUACCGUGAUCAUGAAGCUUAUGCAAUUGGCCAUCGAGUGGGUCUCGUUCAUUUGUGACGAUUGUAUCCCAACAGACCGGAAGACGUUCCGGUGGUGUGUGCUUGCCUUGGAGUUUGCCAUGAACAUGACCACCGGGUUCAAUGUAUUUGUGCUCAAUGAGGACCAAUUCUAUAGACUUAAAUUGAAAGUGGCUCGUUGUAUGUCGUUACUUAUUUCUCAUUUCGAUGUCAUGGGGGCCCGGUCUUCCGAGGCCAGCAAGAAAAUGAUGGCCAAAUGGACGUUAUCGAAACAAAACAAGAUUGAGAACACCGUGGACGAUGAGAAGGUGUUGCUAGCCUCCAGAGAACUCAUGAUGAAGGGAAUUGAAAGAGUCGAACUUAUUCGUAGCGCCUUGGAAGAUGAACAGUCACAGGUGGGAAGAGUCUUGGAAGUGACCGAUCUGGAAUACCAAUUUGUCACUCUCUUGGCCAGCUCGUUCUCGUCGGUGUCCAUCCGUUGGCAGAAGGGCCGCUUCAUCGGUGGAGGUUCCUUCGGUAACGUCUACGCGGCAGUCAAUUUGGACACCGGUGGUGUCAUGGCCGUUAAGGAGAUCCGAUUCCAUGACUCGCAAUCGAUCAAGAACAUUGUGCCCUCCAUUAAGGAUGAAAUGACCGUUUUGGAAAUGCUCAACCAUCCAAACGUUGUGCAAUACUUUGGAGUCGAGGUCCAUCGUGACAAGGUGUACAUCUUUAUGGAAUUCUGUGAAGGAGGCUCGCUCUCUGGUCUCUUGACCCACGGUAGAAUUGAAGACGAAAUGGUCAUCCAAGUGUACACGUUGCAAAUGUUGGAAGGUUUGGCAUAUUUGCACCAGCUGGGGGUUGUUCAUCGUGACAUCAAGCCGGAGAACAUCUUGCUCGAUCACAACGGGGUCAUCAAGUUUGUCGACUUUGGUGCUGCCAAGGUUAUUGCCACCAGUGGUAGAACUAGAGCUGGUGGCACCAAACAAUCCGACCGGUCCAACUCAACGUCGUCUGAAUCUUCUAGCUUAGACUCUGGUGAAACGUCACCAGACGGUAACAGUCGAACCACCAACAACAAUGGUGGAGCCGCCGUCGCAGGCCCUGUCGGUAGUAUGACCGGUACUCCAAUGUACAUGUCUCCCGAGGUAAUCACAGGAAUUUCCUCUGAUAAGAACGGGGUCGUGGAUAUCUGGUCGCUCGGAUGCUGUGUUCUUGAAAUGGCCACCGGUAGAAGACCAUGGGCCAAUCUCGACAAUGAAUGGGCCAUCAUGUACCACAUUGCCGCGGGUCACAUGCCACAACUCCCACUGCCUGACCAGCUCAGUGAACAAGGACGUAGAUUCCUUCUGAGAUGUCUUGAGCACGACCCAAGGAAGAGACCAAGUGCCAUAGAGUUGUUGAACGAUCCAUGGAUCGACGAGAUCCGUCAACUUGCCUUUGACUCCUCGGAUACCGCUUCUACUCCUUCCUCGGAAACUGUGGUUGAACUCAUGUAGAACUAGAUCUAGCGU